UUAUUGUUUAUCAAAAAAAGAUCAGAGAAAUCCGAAGAGUUUUAUAAAUUUAAAAGGCAUGAGAGGUUCAAGAACAGCAUCUUCAGACAUGAGUGCUUGGUGUUCUGCUGUUGUGUUGUUGUCUUUAAUACUUUUGUUAUCAGUCAGAGAGAACAAUGCUUCUGAUUCCGUUAGAGGGUCUCAAUUCUCAGAGAAACCUUGCGAAGAGAUUUACGUCGUCGGAGAAGGAGAAACGCUUCACACCAUCGGCGAUAAAUGCGGCGACCCGUUUAUAGUUGAGAGAAACCCACAUAUCCAUGACCCGGAUGAUGUCUUCCCGGGUCUUGUUCUCAGGAUCGCACCUUUUUACUUCUCCAGAAAAGUGUCAGAUAUAUAGUCUUAAAAGUUUUUUUUUUUUCCUUUCAAAUUUUGGUUUGAAGCAGCGUACCUUUUCCUAUGUAAUUAUAUAUGUAUCUGUACAUGUAUAGACUAAAGGAAUUCCAAAAUAAAUACAGAGAUUUUUAA